UUCACUUCUCUGCAUUUUUGCACUUACCAGGUACCUCUGCCAGUGCUACGACUCAGUCCAGGAUCGUUCAUCGUUCCAGAAUCUGGAAGCAAAAAUUAUUCAUUUGUUGCUGAGAAUAUUGGUGGUUCAUCAGAAGCUAUCAUCAUGGUGCCACCGUUCAUGAUCGAUGAUUAUUCCCUCCCGUUUCGUCUCAUACUGGACGGUAUACGGAAUGGCAUAGGUCUUCACGAUGGAUAUCGCACGUCUAUGCAGCUAACACAGCGCACAACGAAUAUCACUGAUAAACGUUGCAAUGUGUAUUCAAUCCGUGUGCCGUAUUACUAUACGAUGCCCCGGUCGAUUUCGAAUUAUUUACGAUACGCAUUGCUGAUUGUUGAUGAUCGACAUGCGUUAAGCGAUGCUAACAUAUGCGAAGGUUUGAUGGUCGAAAAAUGCUUCUUACCUUGUUCAUCUUCAUCAAGGAUCAUCGUAACUGCACUCUCAUUAAUCUAUAUGUGA